CAAUAUUCAGAGGAGUUGUUUGUUUUUUUAGCGAUCCAUUGCUUUCUAUUUCUUUCUUUUUGCAUUGUAUUCCUUUUUUACAUUUCAUUCAUUUCAUAAUUACCUGCCUUAUUACUUCGAGUAAACGUAAAGGAACCUUCUGUUUUUCCUAUAUUCAAAACGAGCGAGAAAAACCAUGCUGGGAUUUUUAUUGUCGCCCCGAGGACCGCGCCUCUCCACGAGGGACAAAAUGUCCGCGCCAACCGCUCCUCGCGCCGCGGCCACAUUGCGGCCGAUCCCCACUACGAAGCGCACAGCGACCAGCACAGCAGCAGCAGUCUUUGCGUCUUUCCUUGCAAUUCUUUGUUCAUCCGUGGGAACAAUAUCAACUAUGCGAGCAACUACACAAACACAAAAAAUUUUUACAAUUUUUGUAGCCGCGACAGCAGCCGCUGCCACAGCAGCAGCGGAACAAGAACAAAAAGUCGCAACAUCCGAGGAUAAAGCCACCAGCACAGGUGGAGCAGAAGAGGACGUUGAAAUUUCUGGUUCCGAAGAAAAAACAGGAGAACUACCGGUGGAAGUAGAUGAGAGCAAUAAAGACAUCGACGCGGACCAGCAUCUGCUCCCCUUUUCCUCGGGCACGAAGACUCUCGCGGAAAUCAAAAAAAUGCUGAACGAAGACCCGAAGCUCGCGACCAAGCCCUCCCCCCACGGGGAGACGCCACUGCACGUGUCGGCGAUUCUAUUGAAAGAAAAAAGUUCGUCACAGUCACUAUUUUUUUUUUUUUGAAAAAAAAUUGCAUCAUUUUCAAAAUCGAAUUCGAGCGUCGGCGAACUGGCGAGUCUCCGAAACCUGGUUUGUAUCUUGUUGAUUUUGAUCUAGAAAUAUUGAAUGAUUGCUGGUUCCCUUAAGCUAGCUAGUUAAGAAGAGAGAGGCGGAGCAGAUAAUCGCGGAUCGCCGGCGGACAGGAACAGCACGAUGGGGCAGCACGUUUCUGGCCCCACCUCAUAACACAAAACGUCUAAGUACCCCAUCCUCCUUUGCUAUGCUGAUGAAAGCCUCUUGAUGCCGAGAUCGAAGAUCUGUGAUGCUCCUAAAACCUUAUCUCCUGGAAAGCUCCUUGCCUAAAGGGCCUAGAUCUAGAGCCUCCUCGUAGCCAGCGGCAAGCUUGGCCUCUAUGCAUGGCGGCCCCUUUGGCCAGGAUCCAGAAUUCAUGCCAGUUCUGAGAUGGAUCAAAAAGAAGCGAUGCGCUCCGACGAUCUUCUGAUGCGAAAAGCUUCUCGAAUCCGAAUUGCGUGGCUCUUACAAAUCUGUAAUGCGUGCAGUCUGAUUUUGAAAAAAUCAAAAACCAUAUAACAACGUCCAGGGGUUAAUUUUGAUUGGCUUUGUCGCAGACGAGUCGAUACUAUCUUUCUAUGACUACUCUUUUAGAACAUCGCUGUCUUUGUUUCGGCAUCAAGAUAGUUUUCAAAUUCCAUCUUCGCAUAGUUAUCCUUCAUCGCGUCCGCGCAUCGAAUCCCGUCCAACUUCGCCGGAUCGAAUUGUUAUCAAGAUGUCUGGUCGCCAGGAGAUUGUCUUGCAGGCCAAGACCUCGGGGAAUUACGGUCCCCUGACCGCCCCCGAGAAGAAGCGCGAGGCGGCCCGCCUGGUCGCGUGCAUCAAGGCGAUCAUCAACUACCUGAAACCGUUCGACGUGCAGGACUUGAUCCGCGCCCUGCAGGAUGCCUAUGAGGAUUCGCAGAAGAAGCCCGAGGAGAAGAUUACCGGGACCAAUUUCUCGGGACAGAACUACAAAAGUAUACCAUAGAGUGCUCUCCUUCAAUUUUGAAUUCUUUGCUUUUCCGCAUUACAAGAUACCUUUUUGGACUUCGGAUGAGCAUCUAGCUUUGCAAAUCAUGAGUUUCUCAUGCGUGAAUCGAAAAAAUCCAUACAGCAGAUGGAUGGCGAAGCAUUCCGGUGAAGUUUCUGACCAAAUGGAUCGCUUUGAUCUUUGGUCUUGAUCAACAGGACGUGCAGAGAGUUAUCAAAGACCCCGAACAGGCUUGGUUGCUGUUCAAAUUAAUGGGUCUCGAAGAUGAACAUGUGUAAUAAUUUGCUUGUUUUAUUUUUUCAAAUCUGUCAUGCGUGUUUUGUACUUUUGUAGUCGAUGCGUACUGUCGAAAUAUUCUGGCUCACAGGAGAAAUGAGUGCUUCUAUAUUUUCGCAAAAACAAACGCAUCACAGCCGCCGACCGGCAGUGGGUCUUGCGCUACGGAGUUGUCCUGCAUCAACGAGUUGAAGUGGUGGAAAAGCCACCGCCCGAAAUUGUUCCGCGGUGCCGAAAAAGAACUUAAGCGCUUGAUGCGCGGCCCGGACGUCCCUUCCUCCAGCAGUGAAGACUCCGACGAUGAUUCGGUUUUUGGUGGGAAAAAGAACGACGAGACAACGGAUUCUUCUUCGGGCCGGAACGACGGCCGGAAGGGAAAGCGGAAGUCGAAAUUGAACAAAAAGUCCAAGGCGAAAAAGAAGAAGAAGGCACUAUUUGAAUUUGUGACCAUGCGAGAAGUCGUCGUUCUUUUAUCCCCUGAUGCCGAAAUCCCGCAUGACAAAUUCAAUUAAAGUUGAUAAGUCUUAACUUUAAAAUAAAUACAGAUUUCCAAGUUGGCCCUGGUCGACCGCAAGCCGCGGUUCAUGCUGGAUGAUGGCGAUGGAUCUUCCUCCAGCGAAGCGCCCCGCGGUCGUUCCCGCGCCAAGGGUCCGAAAAAGGACAAGAAGCGCCCCCGCAAGGGGGCGACUUCCUCCGAGGAAACGCCGGCGAAGAAGAAGACCAAGAAAGUCCGCGAGCUGACCCCGCACCCGGUCCGCUACAUCGGCCCCGGGGGCGUGGGGUCCUCGCGGGAUGUUGCCCGCCCGCCCGCCCGCCCCCCACGGUCCAACAAGUCGAACACGUCCACCGACGUGAAGAAAUUGAAAAACAAGACGUCGAUUUUGUCUUUGCCGGCUGGGAAGAACAAGAAAAAGAAGCACUCCGAGGAGUAUUCCCGCGGCGACUCCUCCGAAGGAGAUACGAUCGAGACCGAGUCGGAUUCCCGAGACCUCUCCGACGAACUGGACGACAUGUUCGGCGAUGACGAAGAGAUGUUGGGAUUUGUGAGUGAUUCCGGGGUGGAGAAGAAGAAGAAGAAGGCCAUGAAGCAGGCCAAUCCCACCCAGUCUUCCGCCGGCGGAUCUCAGGCUACCCCGAAGAAGAAGAAAAACACUUCGAAGAUGCAGCUGUUGUCCCCGGCUGCCACUCCGGUGGGCAAAGGAAAAAAGGCCGCCGCCGCUUCCGCCGAGAAGAGUACCCCGAUGAAGGCCCGGAUCAAGGUCGCGACCACUGAUGAUCGCCCUGCCCUCGGGUCUCGCUUGUCGGGGAGAAGCCGCCUGGACCGUGACAGCAAGGAGUCCGCCAAGCGCCGCGGCAAUGUCACGCCGUCUUCGGGGCGGAAGUCCCGCGCUUCCCAGAGCUGUAUGUUUGGAAAAAUGUUUUCCACGUCGCCAUCAAAGUCAGCUUCUUGCAUGACAGAUUUGCACUUUUCAGCAUGACACACCUGUAGAUUCUCUUGUAGCGGUGGAAACAAGUAGUCCUGCAAUAGAAUUUGUUCUCUAGCAGCAUGACAAAUCAGGGCGUGGAGCAGUUUUCCUUCCCAUAAGCCCGCAGGUGGGUACCCCGGUGAUGAAGAAGGCUGAUCCGAAGCGCGGCUCGUCUCAGGCCGGCACCCCGGCGGGAAACAAAGGUACUCCGCGUACCCCGCCGAUGAAGAGCGCCACCCCGGUGAUGAAAAAGGAAACUCCGAUGAAGUCCCAGCAGGGCGCGGAGGGUUCGAAAUCGAAGUUGCCGCUGCAGGAGAGCAAAAAAGUCGGCCCUCCGCCCGGAAAGGAGAAUGCGAAGACGCCGGCCCCGGGCGACAAGGACUACCAGCCCACCAAGGAGCAGAUGGCCCAGGUGGAGAAGUUCGAGAACAUGGUCAAGGACAAGAUGAAGGAAGUGGGGAAGUGGAAUUUGGAAGAAGAAAAUGGAGAGAAGAAAGAUAAGAAAACCCCGGAGAAGAAGGCGGAGAAAAAAAAGGAAGGUGAGUAACUCCUCGACGACCUCAUCUCCGCACAUUACCUGGCGAACUUUGAAAUAGUUCUACCAGUCCUUCUUCUCCUGAUGCAGUGGUACAGCACCACUCAAAACGGACGAUUUUGAAAGUAAUUUUUCCGGAAAUAAUUUCCGGAACUUCAUCUACCAAUACAACCAGAAAGAUAUAGGAAUAUCCAGCACAGCAAUGCAGCGGAGCCGGGGAUACGGAGACCAGCCUUCGAGUAGGCUCCACAAUAAUUUACAAAUAAUUAUCACGAAGAAUAGCUACGGGCUAUACCGGAUAUAAACAAGCAGUGCCACCGACUACACUUUUCGCUGGGUGUCCAGCAUGACAACUUCCACUUCUCCUCCAGCAGCAGUUUCCGGAGCUCACCACAAUACUUUCUAGGAGGCGGAGAAAUGAUUUUGGUGCAGUUUUCGCUGUCACGCGGUGUCACGCGGUGGCGCGGAAGCUGCUGGCGGAAAAAAUAUUUAUGUAAACACACAUUUAAUUUUGUUUCUUCACUUGAUCAUAGAAAAGCACAUUUGUCAAGCAAGUCUGCUAUUCAGAUUUUCAUCUCGAAGAGAGCAAAAUCAUCAGACCACGGCUCGACCUUGAUAUGAGUAUGAACAUUUGUUUUUGGUAGAGCCGGAAAAUACAGCUCCUCGCACCAGAGCAGUCGCCUCAUCCUCCGGCCGGUUGCCCGCCUUGCUACAAUGUUCACGUUGUUCCCGCACCGGUUCCACCUGUUUUCUCCUUCGCAUCCGAUCCUGCAAGAGUCUCAGGCUCACCAAAAUCAAGACGACGCUCUCCACUGGAACAAAAAUGGCCUGGUCUAGCACGAGAAACCACAGCUCUGAUCUUCCACCACAAUCCACAGCGCCGCGAGACAAAAACGAUGAUCUGGAGCGGUUCCAUUAGAAGCUUCAGCGCGAAGAUGAAAUUGGUUCUGGAAAAGGGUCGAGCAACUUUGGUCCUUGGGUCUUUCGCACGAACGGUUCCGAAAUGAAGAAAAAGCCGGCCUCUCAUGCAAAUCCGCGACGAUCUUUUGCUACGUAAUUUUUACAUUUUGCCUUUCCGUCGUUGCGUCCUCAUGCGUUUCGAUAUGCAAGCACUUCCAGGGAUUGCGUUCUGCACUUUUGCGCAGACGAACAGCGGGCGAGCUUCGCCUUUUCUAGACGUUUAGAUAGAAACAACUAAACUAUCAUCAUUUCGCAUCUUCGACCUUCGUAUUGCGCAUCACAAAUAUUUCGAACUGCUGCUUGCAGCUGAAAAACAAGUUCAAAAUGGCUCAGGUUUAUCCAGUGUCAAACUCUCCUCAGCCAAAAACUGUCAUGCUGGCGACGUCUUCUUUUGCAGAUCCACGACAUGCAUGAAUAGCAUGACAGAUUUUGGCUGUGGAGAAAGUUUGCCAUUGGAUACGGACACCAAGAAACUGGUUGAGAACGGCGUUCUCUACCUGCAGCGCAUGCUCGCCCCGAGCGUCGCCUGCAACUGGCAGCGGCAGAAAUUUCCCUUGCGGAAAAAGUGGGCCGAGUGGCGCUGCAAACUGGAGCAGGAUGAGGUCUGGAUCAUGGCUCAGGGGCUCAACUUGGAAGCUGGGUGCUGUAAGCGUGAGAUGGGACAGGAGAUGGCACAGCUGUCUUGUUCGUGUAGAGUUUUUUUGUUCUCCAUGGGCGUUAGCUUCAAGAUCCACUGCUCACGUGAUGUGCUGCUCUCCCUACAUCGUAUGAAAGGUUGAAAGUGCUUUGCAGAGGCGGCUCCGCUGUUUCCGCGUAGCCUUUCGCCAACUCCACCAGCCUGGCAGGCAGCAUUACAAAUUCCCUCUCGAUGAGAAUUCCGCAUGACAGAUUUCAUAUUAUGUGCUUUUCCGCAUUACAAAUUUUAUCAGGCCCUGUUUCUCAAGUGGAUGAAGUCGCGCGGGUACAGCGAACAGGUGAAGAUGUGGCUGAACAGUGUCCGCUUCAAGCCCGUGGACCUCGAUGACGACGACCGUUUGCUGCUGGUGUCGCAGGCACUUGAAAAGGCGUACACCGAGGACGAGAUGUCGUACCACAUGCAGCUGGUACAUGUUUAUUCUGUUAAGGAUUCCAAUCGGUUCGUAUUUCGUAUUUGAUGAUAGCAGCCUUCGUUGAUGCUCCUCUGCCGCUGAGCUGGUCGCAUUUUCCCGCUUUUCCCCGUGGAUAGAAAAACAAACUGCUAUCAGGUUUCCCUCGUUCGCGGUACGCUCGACAUUGUGAUCUUCAUGUGCAACCUGCUCGGCAGUGCCCGCUUCGAGUACCCGGCCGAGUACAGCAAGAUGAGUGACCAGGUGUGGCAAAAAACUUUGAACAUUCAGACCGAUGACAGCACCAAGGGACAGGAGAAAAAAACCUCCUUUGCGGUACAGUUCUUGCUUAUUUUCUAGCUUGAAAACGUUUGAAGUUUAGAUUUUGUGAUGCAAAAGCGCAUAGAUGAAGAUCGCGACAUCAUGCAAAUUGAAAAAUCUGUCAUGCACAACUCAGGUGUGCUUGACAUUCCUGCUGCAGCCCGUCCGCAAGUACGUCACCUACUUCUACCCGUUGACUCUCCAGCGUCCGAGCCAGCGGAUCCAGGGCGGGCGGAACCCCACCCACUCCACCGCGCAGGGCAAGGCCGUCGACCUGUUCCGGCUGAUCCAUUGGUUGGGGGGCGGGGCCUUGGUGAAGAAGUUGCUCGGGCCGUUUUCUUCCGGGUGGAGGCACACCGUCGUUAUCGACGGCGACCAAGACGAGAGUCAAGUACGCAGCGGCUUGGGGCUUGGGUUGGUGUUAUGCUCAGUCACGAGACUGGGCAUACACCACCGCCUUAGCAACAUCGUCAACCGCAUCUACAUCGGCCUCGCCCGGGUCCGCGAGUGUCUCCGCGACUUCCUGCGGGGGCAGUACGCCCGCAAUUCGCUCCGGGGUGCAUACGAAGAUGCGCGGCAACGUUUGAUCUCGAAGUGCCUGGACGAAGGGUUUCGCCUGCAGCGGGUGGAGCGGCAGACCGGGCUUUCGACCCUCGAAGCCUUGAAAAAAUGUACUCUAUUUAUUGUGAUUUCUAGCAUAACAAACUCUAUUUCUAGCAUAACAAAUUCUAUUUCCAUCUCGCAUGAACAUGUACGAAAAGAAAAGCGCGCACUUCGGUUCAUCGGAGUUUGCUUUUGGAAAAGCUAAAAGCGCAAGCUUUGUCAUGCAAAGUUGCAAGCUUUUCCGUUUUCAAAGUUGCGCGCUUUCGACUUGGAGAUAAUCUCCAAAAAGUUGCUUUUUGGAAAUGACUUGUCUUCGUCACUCGGAGAAAAAAGGGUCAAAAAAUUGUUUUGAAACGGGGCAAAAAGUGCAAAAAAACCAAGGUCUUUUGCUUUGGAAAAUUGCGACUGACGAACUUUUUUAUCCCGAGCUAUUGCCAAAAAAAGCAACUGCGACAAACUUUCUAAUCCCCACCUAAAACUGCUUUUUUUCCUAUUUCAAAAAGUUGCUGUUUUUUUUUUCCCCCACCUAUAUGCAAACGAAAAGUGCUAAAAAAAACUGUCCGUCACUGCGAGAAAAAUCGCGUGUACCGGGCGGAUUCCAAUUUCUUUAUUUUUUUCAUUUUCAAAAAGUUGCACUGUUUCAAGUAGCGACGAACUUUUUCCCCCACCUGAAACUGAUUUUUUCUUUGCUCAGUCACUGCAAAAAAUGUGAUGAUUCGUGUUUCGGUGGGGGGUCCAAAAAAAUUCCGAGCGCGCGAAAAAAAAACAGUCGAGUGACUUUGAAAAUGAAUGCUCAAGCACCAACUUUUGAAAAAUCUUUUUCGAUGUUUCGAAUGCAAAUAAAAUCUCGAAAUCACAGGUGCGUCGCUCACGAACAUGGUCGAAGCGAGGUGGUUCGCCGAGUGGGCCGUUGCUAAAUGGAUGCUGCGGAACCGCGAGGCUGUCAUCGCCAUCCUGAAGGAAAUGUUGUCGCAGGAAAAAGGAACCCGCGGGCGGAUUGCGCCGGACGAGAAGGGCUACCCGUCUCGAUAUGACGACGGUGAGCCCGUGGAGUUCCUGGAUUUAUUUCCGCAGCCGCUCGUGCUCACGGAGGAGGGCGAGGUGCUCGGGAUGAGCACCGACGUUUUCAACGCCGACACAGGUCAGAUGGUUGCCGCCGAAGCGGAUCGCGACGCCACGAUGACGGAUUUCGAGAACCAGCUCGUCGUGAGUGCCAAUGGCCAAGAACCGCUGCCGGGUUUUCUUUUGCCCCCGGAAGUCGGCGAUGCGAUGGAAGUCGAUCAAGAGGCGGCUCCUGCUGCGCCCGAAGUUGCUGUUCCGCUGGAGGAUGAACUGCUGAGCGAGAACGUUCCGGAUCCCAACGAUCCGGAUCCGAUUGCGGCGGAGGAGAAUGUGGACCAAGAAAUACGAAGUGCAAAACUUUACCGCAACACUCCAAAUUUGAAAACAGAGAACUAAAAUCUCGCAUGACAGAUUCUUUCACUCCGAACUUCUGUUUUCAAAUAUCCGGGUGGCGGUAAAGUGUGCACUUUCAUAACUUGAAAACGGCGACAACAACCGUCGCGGGAACGGCCGCCGCACCGACCGCCAGAGAACGCAGGACUUGCUCGAUGCGCUGGAAAAUGUCGAGGAGGACACCGCCCAGCACUACUCGAACUGCGUAAAAACCUACCACGACUUCCACAGCAUGCACAUGUCCGUGACCGGUGGUGCGCUGCAGGAUCCGAUCAAGAAGCAGGAACUGAAGGCCACGCACGGCGCAACAUUCCCGUGGGCCAAUUUGGAGGAAAACCACCACGAAUUCUUGGUCUCCGUGGAAACCCACAUGCCGGACUUCCUGCUGCAGGCCAUGCGGGACACGGUGGAACACGUCCACGACAUCCGGGAAUUGUACGCGGUGAUCACGAUGCUGGUGUUCACCAUGAGGUAUUACCUCUAUGUGGCCUUUGAUCCGUGCUACAAUUUGUGGUAUUCGAUUGCGUACCGCACCGGAUUGUCCGACCAGCACAUCACCCACGAAGCGGUCCGCGCCGAUGUGCUCCGGGAAGAGAAGAACCCGCUGCACCGCCGCAAGCUCAGCGUUUUUGCCAAAUACAUGCGCAGCUUGCUCAAUAACGAUUAUGAGCUUGCAGAGGAGGUGCUGAAAUUGGUGUGCAUCUCCGGCGCAACCGGGGACUUUGAAGGCGAGCGGCACUGGAGGUACGCCAGUGUCGCACAGAAGAUUUUCCGCAACCUCGCCGGCCGGUUCCGUUUGAGCUUCGGCCGCCUCCGCUGGGCCGAAAAGUGUAUGAAUUUGUACGAGAAGAUUCCGAGCUUGUGGGGCUCGGAGACCCGCCACUCCCCCGCCCCGGUGUCCCAGAUGCGCUCGAUGUUGAGUCUCGUGACCAACCCGGUGUCCACGGAGUUGUUCAAGGAUGAAGUUGCCCGGGUUGCGAAAACUUCUCCUCCGCUGCAGGCGCAGUUCAAAGCCCUCGAGGACCUGCGGAACAGCCACCCGCUGCCGGCGCCGAUGCAGGAGAUUUGCGACCGGGUCCGCUCUGAGAAUAUUCGAUGAAAAAGCCUCCUUUUCCAAAAAUCUGUCAUGCAAAAUAGUUACAUCUUGGAUUGGUACAAAAACCCAGUUCUGCAUAGCUAAUUCUUGGAAAAGGAGUUUUUAAAUCGGCAUAAUUUCUCUGAGCACCGACAUCUCGUGCAGCGCCAUCACGUAUUUCAAGCCGGGCCUGGAGAUCGCUGGCCAUUUGAAAGCCAGCAGGGUGGAAGACGAAAAGGACAUCCCGAUCCUCGAAGAAUGUGGAAAGCGGGUAUGGGAGUGAAUUUCUGGAUCACCAAGCACACAUUUGUCAUGCGUAAAUAAAACAGUCUUUUGCAAUGCAAAGAAGCAAGAAGUGGUUAUUUGUGUGUCUUGGUUUUCCAGAAAUUCACCUGCGUAUCUGGUUGAUGAUUUCCUCCGCCUCCGCCACCGCACCAACAAGCACAAGCCGUUGUGUGCUAUCGACGAGGAGGACGGCACGCAGGGCAUGGCCAUGUGGUUGGUUUUGGGAAUCACGGGGGGAUGGUGGUUCGGAGUGUCCAUGGCGCGCAUGUUGGGCAACCAGUUGGUCUUCAUUUUGGAUCCGGAUUCGAUGCAGCCUGGCUGGGGUUUGACGGCCCACCUCUCCUUCAUGGAGAUACGAAUUGAAAAUUUGUGUUGCAGAUUGUCAAGCUCCGUUUCUAGAAUGUCCUGCAUGAAAACCGAGUUUGUCAUGCAAAAAUGAUAUUUCUAGUUGCCUCCGCUGCUGCAACGCAAAUUUGUAAUGCAUACCUCGACUACAAGAUCUCCUUCUUCCACGGACAGGCGCGGUUCCAUUUCGAUACUGCGAACUUCGUCGAGUUCAAGGUGGCUUUGAUGGAAGCAGUGGGGCACCUGCCGUCCACCAUCUUGAAGGAUGUGGUGCGGAUCUACACCGGGUUGGAGAUCAAAAGCGAGCCCCCGGCGGCUACUCUGCGCGAGAUUCUGAUGCAGCUGGUCGACGAGUCUCGUCCGAUCGAGGCCUGCAAGGAGCGGGUCCGUCAGCUGCUGGAGGACCGUGCCGUGGAGUUGAGCGGAAUCAACGACGAACCGCUGCUGAAGCGCCGCCGCAAGGAGCGGAUGAACAAAAAGGGAUCGAUUUUGGACUCGAUCCCGGAAGCUGCCGGUGACCGCAAGGACCGCACCGAGCUUGGCCGGGUUAUGAAUACCUUGCAAUGGGCGGUCGUCUGCACCUGUUGCAACGAAGAUGUCUUCCUGGUCCGCCGCAGUAUCCGCCGCACCGGCAGUGGCGGCGCGAUGUUGCGGUCCAUCUGGCCGGCCAACGCCGACUUUUCUGUGCUGGAUAAGAAGCCGCAGAUGACGACCACCAUCGCCGGACGCACGGACAUGAUCAAGAUUAUCGAGAACACCUUCUGCUACGCCGCCCGCCGGUUCCACUCCUUGACCUGCAAGGACUGCGACGAGCUGAUUGUCCAGGAGCGCAGCAUGAAGAACCGCGUGGACGAGGUCCUGGACAUGGCUGCGGAUUUUCUCCCGGACAGUGAUGACGAUGAUAAUGAGGACCUGUUUGGCUAGGCUCAGAGCUGCCUGCAGUGGUGGUUUCACAAGUAGAUCGCGAUCUACAGAUGCGAUCUACAUCAAAUAACGUAUACAAAACUUCGAUUUUAUUUUACAACCAAAGAUGGUUGCAGUUUUCCAUUCUGGUCUAGAUCUCAUGGUCGAGUAAAAACAUAUUUAUUUUUUCUACCGACAACACAAAGACCAGAUGGCCACUCAGCAUGACAAAUUCUUAGAUUUUUUUGUACUUGUUAUUUCUAGGUCCACCAGGCUUGCAGUCUUUUGCCUAGAAAGUCGCCACUGCUGCUGCUCUAUCCGCAGCUGUUUGUGGUGGGGUAGUUGUGUCCUCCGGGGUGGCUUCUUUUCCGGUAUUUGUAUUGCGUAGAAGCAAACAAACUUAUGAGAAAACGGCACCAGAAUCGCACGACACCUUCACAAAGAGAAGUACGAAGAGUAAGAACCUAGACAGACUGCAUCAAAACACUGCUCUUUUGCUGUUGCUGUAGGCCUAGGCUUCUCAGCACCGCCUCUGUAUCAGUGGAUUUUCAUUCAAGAAGAAACUACGCGUGAGAUUUAUUCGAUUUGAAAAUUUUCAGGACGACUUCGCUUCUGGUCCGUGAAGAGGUAGCUGGGGUGCAGCUGCUCUGUGGUCUCAAGGACCACGAUGAAACUUUGGGAACUCAACAUGAAGAACUUUUACGGGAUUAGCUCGGGCAUUUUUCAAAUGAAAACACUGCUUGAGUUACUUGCUCGGAACCGCCUAUGAGUAUUUCCCUCCCGCCAGCACCUGGCGAGCAGAAUCUGUCAUGCUGCCACCAGCUUGUUUGUCGUCUUCUGCUUUCCGUUUCGUCUCUUGCUGGUGCGCUGUCUUCUGCUCCUUGAUCCAGAAAUUCCAACUCUUUCACCGAAGAAGCAGCAGCUCGACAGAUAAUGUGCUCGAUAGCAUCGUAGGUUGUAGGCGAUCCGGAAAUAUGGUUGUAAAUUUUCCGGCUCCCAUGUGGUACAGAGAGGGCUUCAAGUCAUCAGAUCUAGGGGCGCCAGCGGGUUGUUGGCAUUGUCGAUUUUAUUCAGCAUCUGCUCCAGGUUGUCCGCUUGACCGAUUUCCUCUUUUCCCAAAAAAUAUUCUUCACACCAGGACUGCUUGGGUUUUAGGAUGUAGCUGAGAUGGUGUGGGUAGAGUGUGAGAGUUCCGGACCACCGUAGCCUGUGAUUAUGUUUGAUAAUUAAUAUUUUGCACGACCGUAAUCCAUAGAGUGGCUGAAACCCCACAUACAUGAGCCUUGCGAUUUUUCCCAUGGAAAAAGCCUGCAUUUCCGGCGGUUACUGUAGCGGGGCGGUGCUGCUGCUCAAGCUACCUACGGUGACCAGCGCAGGACAUAGUCAUCACCUCCUGCAAACACACAAAUCACGAAAAGAGUCCGUACAUUGGGUCUGCCGGUGGUAUGGAAAUGAAAAACUCACUACCUACCACUGCUCCCUUCACUUCCGCCCCUUGAAAGGCGUCCGCUGGGCGCCUUUUUACUGCAUUGUGCAUGAGAAACGGCCUCUUUGAUGCGCUGCGCAUGACAAACUGCCUUUUUAUCAGCUAUUUCUGCAUGACAAGCUGCGAACACAUGCAGGCUCGCCGUGUUUUACUACUGGAGAAGUGAAAACGCAGUAGGAGGUAGUGGAAUUUUUCAAGAGGUAUGACUGGGGGCCAGGUUGUUGUUCACGAGCUCUUGAAUCGGUAGAAAAUAGGUCCCGGCAUAGUCGUGGUCGGGGCCAGUGUUGCUCCGCACGUGGAGGAGAAGCACGUCCAGGCUCUGCACGGUGAAGCCUUGCCCACUCUUCCUGGUAUUUUUGUUUUAAUACAUUGAUACUUCGAUGCUUAGAAACUGGUCGCAUGCGUUCACUUUCCAGUCCAAAAACUAUAAAAAUAUCAACUGCCUGCGCAUCACAAAUCGUCUCGAUUCUUUUUGCCCUAGAGCAUGCAGCAAAGCCACGGGGUAAAGGGGCAAUACCUGGCGGCACUGGCUCGGAUGCCACUUACCUCGCCGUGGCCGUUGAGCUUGAGCUUUGCGGUUCGCUCCUGGCAGCGGAAUCUUUGGCCUCCGUGGACGAGAAACCCGUCCUGCACGACAAACCCGAUGGGGUUGGCAGUGUAGUGGUAGCCUGCGGCCGCGGCUUCUCUAGAGAACUGCAGCCGCAUGCGCUGCUCCGCGGCCUGGUUGCGGGUGGUUACGUUGUUGUGCCCCAGCGCAGCCACGGCAUGAAUUCCGAACCCCUGCCAAUGGCCGCGGAGCCGGUCCGCGACCUCGGUGAUAGGGCACCACCACUGCGGGUCGCGCAGGUCCACCAUCUCCCAGUCGUAGAACCGGCUAACCGGCACCACAAUCGCGCGGCUCCGGCGCUUUGUCGUGAAGCCGAGGACGAUCGAAUUGGCGUAGUGGAAGCGGUUGCGGAUAAUCAUACUUUUAAGGCUCCGGAGCCACUGUUUCAGCUCGCUCCAGGAGCCUUUAAUCUGCAGCAUCAUGCCCAGAUUCCCGCCUAGCUGCGGGUUGUUUUGGUCCUCCAUAUUCGGGUCAGCGGGCGGGGCAUUCAGGAAAGGGUUCGUGAUGGCCAGAUCAGCACGAAACUCCGGCGUUUCAAGGAUGGUAAAAUCCGCCUGCAGCAGGGUUCUGGCCUUCUCGAUAGACCAGAGCUCGACACUCUUCGGGAAAGAGCCCAUUUUGCGGCCGAUUCAGGUGGGUCGGGCUGCUUCUGGGGUGGUGAGGUAGAUACUAGGUGGGUUUGGCUUCUAAAAGGGUCGUAUUUUGGUGAGCCUCUAGGGAGGGAGGCUUGGCUUUGGUGGUGCUUUUUCAAGGGAUUUGCGGGCAAACGGAGCGCCAGCCUUACGGCUUUUGGGUCCUGUUGGCGUCUAGAUAUGAUGUCCCCGUGGGGCUUAGGGUAUUGCUGGCUCUAGGGCCAAUAUAUAGUCGUAUAUAAGGCACCGAUCCUCCCUCACCAUAAAUACACAGGUACCCGGCUGCUGUGCUCGGGCCCAGACCGACACUUCCUGCAAUAGCUCAAGCCGACCAGUAUCUACUUCGCAUGCGGACUCCGCCCGUGUUACGAGGUGGGGCCAGAAAUCUGCAAGAGCAACAACUGGACUCGAAGCUUCCGGACGGGCCCAGGAUGAUCCGCCUCUCUCUUCUUAACUAGUUAAGGGAACCAGCUUCAUCAAACUAGCCAUGCAAGACGUGAUGAAAUAGAUAGCUCAACAUUCAGAAAUCAAAAACCAAAAGCUUACCUGAGCAUCAAAAUAAAUUUUCAAUUUACCUAAUUUUUUUUUCGAAAAAAAAAAAAUAGUGACUGUGACGAACUUUUUUCUUUCAAUAGAUUCACGACGAGACGAAGUUGGAACUCGUGCAGCUGUUGGUCAAGGAGUACCAUGCCGAUCCGAACCAACCCACUAUCGGGGAGUACAAGCGCACGCCGCUGCACUGGUGGCUUUUUUCCGCGAGCGCCGACCGGGACAAGAUUUUACAGUUCCUCAUCGAGGAGGGCGGCGCGGACCCGUUUUUGUUCACGGAGAACAGUGCGAAAAACGAGGACGCGUUUCUGCUCGUGUUGCAGAACAACUUCGGUUUGAUCGGAUCGGAAGGGGGGCCGAACAGUGGCAGGGAGCUGGCUUUGACCAUGCUGGACUGGUGGGCCAAGUGGAAGAAGAACGAAAUUUCAUCUGCGAGUAACAAGAACAACGGUGCUGGAAGUGGAACUACUUCUACGGGAGCUGGUGGCGCAGCUGCUAGUACAACUCGCGAAGGGGGAGUAGAGAUGAUGAACAAGAAGAAUCAGUCGGAGCAGCAAGUAGCGGGCGAUGCGGCUUCUGCUCUGCUUGCCCUGGAGCAAAGCACCGAGGAGCUGAUCGAAAAGUUGCUGGAGAAGGUCGAAAGUAAGAAGAAACAAAUCCUGUCGCACACCACCAAGCGAUCUGCGGAUGAUUUGUAG